AUGAAAUGUCUUCAUAAUCGCCCAAAUACCGCUUCAAGUACCUUGUCGGGCAAAUCUAAGCACUCGCAUUCUCCCCCGGAGCUUUCCGUUACAUACGAUUCUCCACCACACACCUUAAUUUUCGACGUCUUGUACCUCAACAACAGCCAUGAUGUCGUCAUCGCAGACCCAACUGGAAGGCACCCCACCCAGCUAGCGCAUAAGCAGGGGAAGGACGCGAGUCAGAUUGAGACUCGCAGUCUCCCGCCAUGCUUUAACGAGGGGUGUGUGUGCCUGUCUGGCAACUUACCCCUCGACGGUCUGCGUCUACCCUUGCUCCUGGCGCUUACUUUAUCUGCGUUGUAUGCGAUCCGGGACGUCGAAUUCAAUGGCGACCGCCGCCGGCCGGACAGCUAUGGCCUGAGACGAUUAUUUGCCGGAACACAACAACAUACCUAUUUUUUUGUCUUUACAAGCGUAUAUCACGUCGCGAUCGAAGACCGGGGGAGCAAUGGCCCUGAACACGUUGGCCAAGAGUCGCAAAAAAAGAACAAAGGACCGCCGACCAACACAAUGCAUACAUCGUCCGAUUAG